AUGGCUGAUCGCCCAUUUAUCAAGAGCGUCUACUACUACACAGCAGAGCGUAAGAAACAGAGCAGUGAUCCGGUUCAUCAUGAAUCAGUACAGCCGAAUCCUCCGCAGACGCAACGAUCCAUUCCUCCACGUGUUCCGGAGCACUAUUUCGCUCCGAAGCCGAUAAGCACCAAACCUUUGAUCGAGUCAUCGUAUUGUGUGAGUGCGGCGUCAGUGAACUACCUCAUGAAAAGUCCCAAUGUGAUGCCGUUCCACUAUGAUGCUGAGAUAGAGAGUGAACCAACAACACCUACAACUGCCUCAUCAGAAAUGCACUACAACCAGCUACAUGUCUUCUGCCAGAAAUGCACAGGGCACUCCUCUGUAGCUGCUCCACAUUAUGGGAAUCAACUUAACGAGGCCUCUAAGGAAGAUGCUAUCAAGACGGCUGUGACUCCUCGUCAGAUUGCCGAGAUGUCCGAAUACGCAUGGAAACGGCUUGACGAAGAAAAGAAGCAGCAGUACGCAAUCAAUCUUUGGCAUGAAGGUUCACGUCCAAUCUGUCAACCAAGACUUCAUUUCUCCUCCAGCGAUCAGACCGACCAACAACGACUGCAGACAAACAGCAGUCAGUGA